GAGUUUUUUUUAUUGGGAUUAUAUAGUUUUUUUUUUUUUGCUUUUUUAUGGCACAUAAUUUAUCAUCACAAUAUUUUAUGAAUCCAGGGCCGGCGCCGGCUCCUCCGAUAAAGAUCCCCUCGUAUUCAUCAUCGAAUAUCUAUGCGGGACGAUGUUUUGACGUAUCUCAUACAUAUAAAGGGUCAAAAGGAGUUUUGAAGGCGGGAUGGGCGAAUGUUAAAGAAGAAGGGAUUAAGAGCUGGAUAUGGUCUAAAAAGUACUUAGUUUUAACGGACAAAGUUCUUCGUGUUAUGAAGAAUGAGAGUUCGACGAGUCCAGGAUUAUCUAUUCCUUUACGUGAAAUUAUGAACGUUAGUCGUGCUGAAUUAAAAGAUUAUUGUUUUGAAAUUUUGAGGGAUCCGGGGAUUGGAUCAGGAACGAAAAAAAGCUAUUUUAUUAGUCUUAAAAGUGAUAAUGAUCUUUAUUCAUGGAUGGAUGAGAUUUACUCUAGAUGUCCAUUGAUGAUGGUUUCGAAUCCGACGAAUUUUACACAUAAGGUUCAUGUUGGAUUUGAUCCUAAGAGUGGGGGAUUUACAGGGCUUCCGGAAGAAUGGACGAGACUUUUGACUGCUAGUGCUAUAACUAAGGAAGAUUAUGCGAAAAAUCCUGAGGCAGUGAUUGAAGUGCUUCAAUUUUAUAGUGAUACCCAAUUAAGAGAAAAAGAGGAGUUUGGAGAGCCGAGUACAUUGGGUCCAGAUCUUUAUAAUAUUGAAAAUCAGGAUAUAAAGUCAUUAGAGCAAAAUAAAAUGACAAUGGAGAAGCAUUAUGUGAAUAAUGGUUUUAACUCUCAAUAUCCAGUAUCAUCUACUUCUAAAGGUGCAGUUCCUCUUCGAGAAUGGCUCAAGAAGAUGGAUAUUAAAGAUUCGGAAAAAAUGGUGCCUCAACGUGUACCUCCAGCAUUACCAUCGAAUUUGCCUACUAGAUUAAAUACUGAUAUGGCAUCAUUUCCUCAUGAAAGUGACUCAUUCCUUACCUGUGGUUCUUCAAAUGUUGACAAGGGAUUUGGAGUUACGGCGAAAAAACGUCAAAAUGUACCACUUGAAACGUUGAAACACAAGCAAUCGCAAAAUAAUUUAGCAUUUAUUUCUCAAGCACCAACUCAGCCAUUACCAAAAAUCCCUACAUCAUCAAAAAAUAUUCCUGAUAUACCAACUACAUUUCCUGAGACAACUAUGAAACAACCCAAUGCGACUAAGUUGCCGUUGUCACUUUCAAAUGCGCGAGCAAUGAAACAAGAACCUCCUUCUGAUGAGAAAGUUAAUGAUUUAACAGGAAGCCAGGUGAUGGAAAGGCUUAGAAAUGUAGUUUCUACAAAUGACCCUAAUACGUUAUAUACUAAGAUCAAAAAAGUGGGGCAAGGUGCAAGUGGUUCUGUUUAUGUUGCUAGAGUAAAUUCAGAUAUAAAAUCAGGAAAUUGUGAAUUAAAAACUGGUUUAAAAGUGGCUAUAAAACAGAUGGAUAUUGCACAUCAACCAAGGAGGGAAUUGAUUGUUAAUGAAAUUCUUGUGAUGAAAGAAAGUCAUCAUCCAAAUAUUGUUAAUUUUUUAGAUGCAUAUUUAGCUAAAAAUUCUGAAUUAUGGGUCAUUAUGGAGUAUAUGGAAGGUGGUGCUUUAACGGAUAUAAUUGAUAAUAAUACAUUGACGGAAGAUCAGAUUGCUGCUAUAUCUUUAGAGACAUGUAAAGGUCUCCAACAUCUUCAUCAACAAAAAAUAAUUCAUAGAGAUAUUAAAAGCGAUAAUGUUCUUUUAGAUUUUCAUGGUCGCGUAAAAAUUACUGACUUUGGGUUUUGUGCAAAACUGACAGAACAAAAGAAUAAGAGAGCAACAAUGGUAGGAACUCCGUAUUGGAUGGCUCCAGAAGUCGUUAAACAAAAAGAAUAUGGUGCUAAAGUUGAUAUUUGGAGUUUGGGAAUUAUGGCUAUAGAAAUGAUAGAAACUGAACCUCCUUAUUUAAACGAAGAGCCUUUAAAAGCAUUAUACCUUAUUGCUACUAAUGGCACGCCUACAUUAAAAAAGCCCGAUAAGUUAAGCAAAGAACUUAAAAGUUUUCUGGCUGUUUGUUUAUGUGUAGACGUUAAAAGUAGAGCUACUGCUGAGGAACUUUUAGAGCAUGAUUUUUUAAAGAAAUCAUGUAGUCUUUCUAAUUUGUCCUCUCUUUUGGCAUUUAAGUCUGGAAAAUAAUUCAUAUAUUUAUAUUUUUUAUGAAUAUUAAUUCUAAUUUUGCUAU